GUUGGUAAUCUAACAGUCCGAAGGCUCUGCAAGAGCAAAAUAAUCACAGCAGUAAAUGGUGAAUAUCCCGGCCCGACUAUCAAUGCUCGUGAGGGUGACACUGUCGUCAUCUAUGUCAUCAAUCAUUCUCCUUACAAUAUUACCAUUCAUUGGCAUGGUAUAUUCCAGCGUCUGACACCAUGGGCUGAUGGUCCGAACUUCAUAACCCAAUGUCCGAUUCAGCCUGGACAUAGCUACACAUAUAAAUUCAACAUCAUCGGACAAGAAGGCACGCUUUGGUGGCACGCGCACGUCUCCGUUCUCCGCACCACUGUGUACGGAGCACUCAUCAUUCAGCCCCGAGCCGGCCCUCUCGGCUAUCCCUUCCCCAUACCUUACAAGGAAGCCGUCAUCCUCCUCGGCGAGUGGUGGGACGCCGAUGUGGUCAACCUUGAGAAUUUGGCCCUUGCAUCCGGCGGUGCGUUUAACAACUCCGAUGCGUUGACCAUCAAUGGCCGCCCCGGUGAUCUCUAUCCCUGCUCCAAAAAACCUCCUCUGCGAUAUCUUCCUCUCUUCUCUUCCUUGUACAUCGGCCUCGUCUCCUCUAACCACACGGAAACUCCUCCCUCUCGUCUUCCUUCACCACAGACAAGCAGCACGGCAGGAAAGGGCUUCAACGGUACACGAAAGACUCUCCUCCUUCACACUGCAAGGCUAGGAUUCGGCAGCCUCUCGCACCUCUUCUUCCUUCAUGCAAGGAACUCUACACAAAGACUUCCUCUAAGCCAGAGCCCUUGGCAUUGCCCUCUACAAAUGUCGUCGAACUCCUACCUCCUCCUCCUCCUCCUCCCCCCCCCCCCCCCCUCCCCCACCCCCCCCGCCACCCCCUUCGACACCACCACCCCCCUCGCCAUCCUCUCCUACACCAAUUCCCCCACCACCACCACCCCUCCCCUCAUGCCCUCCCUCCCCUCCUUCAACGACACCCCCACCGCCCACCACUUCUACUCCAACCUCACCGCUCUCCUCCUCCCUCAAACCCAAUCCCUCCCCCUCUCCAUCUCCGACCGCAUGUUCAUCACCUUCGGCCUCAGCCUCACUCCUUGUUCCUCCGACCAGCCCCAAUGCCAAGGCUUCGCCUUGUCCGCCAACAUGAACAACGUCUCCUUCCGUUUCCCCACCAACAUUUCCCUGCUCGAAGCCCAUUUUAAUGGAGUCGAGGGAGUUUACACGAGGGACUUCCCUGAUCGCCCGCCUCUGGUUUUUGAUUACACGAACCCGAACGUGAACGCGGUCGGGACAUCGCUUCAGCUGUCGGAGAAGGGGACGAAGGUGAAGAGGUUGAGGUUUAAUUCGACGGUGGAGAUUGUGUUGCAGAAUACGGCGGUGCUUGCCAGCGAUAGCCAUCCCAUACAUUUGCACGGGUUUAAUUUCUACGUGUUGGCGCAGGGGUUUGGGAAUUAUAAUCAUACGGAGGCGGUGGAGAAGUUUAAUUUGUGGAAUCCGCAGGUGAGGAAUACCAUUGCUGUGCCUGUGGGAGGUUGGGCUGUUAUUCGGUUCUGGGCUGAUAAUCCUGGGAUUUGGUUCAUGCACUGCCACUUGGACGUUCACCUGCCGCUUGGCCUGGGGAUGGCAUUCGAGGUGGAGAACGGGCCCACGCCGUCGUCGACGUUGCCGCCUCCGCCGCCGGAUUUGCCUCUCUGUUAA